AUGAACACGUCAACUAAUCUACAUUCUUUAUGGGAUACAGGUAUAUUGUCAUUUCGUCUACGCAAUACAUUUCAAUCGAAUAUUAAUUCCUAUUAUGAUUAUCUUUAUUUGAAAAUGUUAAAUCAAACUGUAGAAAUGAAUGAUGAUACUUUUCUGCAAUGGGUUGCUGAAAGUAUAGAUAUUGUUUGUAAACAAGUUUAUUUCGAUGAAACGAACAUGCUAAUGAAUUCAACGAGUACUUUCAACUUGAGCCAUGUAUAUUAUGAACGAAAUUGGCCUGUUGUCGAAAAACGUCUUAUUCAAACAGGUUCUCGCUUGGGUGCUUUGCUUAAUCAAAUCUUAAAAAAGCAUACCGAGUCAACAACACUAACACCACCAUCACCACGAACAACAACAAAUGAGAGUUGUCAGAAUUCAGCUUUUUCAUCACCAUUCUCUAUUUUGAUCUUGUUAUUAGUCGUAUCGGUGUUGUCGUAUUUAUUCAAUGAAAAAAUAUGGUACGAUGACGUUUUAAAUUUGUACUUUGAAAUAAAGUUGGAUGCUUCAAUUUCAUGUCUACUUGACAUUGAAAAUACAAAUUCAUUAAGCAGAUCAAAUUAUAUGGCUCGAAACGAGAAUCAGGCUCGGCUUCAUUUUAUGCAGAGUAGAACAGACUAUUCGAUCUCUUCGUCCAAGUAUACGGAAGAUAUCGAAAGAAAACAAUAUCCUAAGAAUAUAGAUUACUUUUUGUUUUUCAUUAAUGUUUUUCGUUUUCAUUAUCAUGUGUCGAUGAACAUUUUGAUAAUGUAUUGAAAACUUGUAUACUUUUUAAUAGUAGUAUGCUUAAUCGA